AUGUUGGCUGGUACCCCCAACCUGCUGACACUGGACGAAGCUGAUGCCACCUGGACCCUCAUCAAAGAUAAGGUCACCGAGGAGCGCUUCGGGCCCAAUGUAGUGGCCGUGCCCUUCCUGUCGGACGCAGCCUGCUAUGACCUGCUGGGCGUGCUGGUGAAACAGUCCCGCCCGGCCCACACCCGCCUGGCUCUGCCAGGUCGGCAGGGUCGGCGGGCGCUACAGCCAGUGGGGCCGCUGCCGAACCUCCUGGAGCAGGCCGGGUCUGAGGGCGCCUUUGCCCACUGCACCCGGGAAUACUCACCCAACGGCAGGGCAGAGAUAGCCUAUGAAGAAAUGCGGCUGCUGGACGGGCAGCCCUGCCGGAUCUGCUUACAUAUGGGCGGCCUGCGCAAGAAAGUGGCCUUCCUGCUGCUGCCGCCAGGGCAGGUGGGCCUCCGGCAGACUCUUCCCUGGCUCCGAAGCGCCCACAGCAUCUAUGUCAUCUACCAGGUCUUCUCCUGCUCUUGGCUACAGCUGGGGCUGCUGCCCACAGCCCAGGAGCCCCAGCUGCUGCGGUUACAACGGUCACUGCCCAUUGCCUUCUCCUGCCUCAAGUUCUCGCUGCAGCCCAAGGGAGUGCUGGGGCCGCAGAAGCCCCUGACCAAAGACCCCCUGCCCCAUGGGGCCAGCUGGGUCAGACCCAACCUCAGCAUCCUGCCACCUCCGGCCCCGGCGUCAGCCCCCGAUGACACCCCUGAGGCUGCUGGGGUGUCGCCGCCUAUCCCAGCCCCACCUACGCCACCCCCCCAGGAAGGGCCAGAGGGCAGACCAACCAGACUCUCCCACAAGGGCCGAAACCCCUUCCGCAGGGGACCCCAGAUGCUGUCAGAGAACUGGCUCUUCAGCCCCCGCAACCCCCCACCAGGAGCCCAGGGUGGGGGCCCCGGGGACCCCGACCGGCACUCCAUGUCCCUGCCCCUGCUGCAGGGUCUGUCCUCAGAGUUCGACAGCGACGAAUGA